AUGGCGAUAACAGGCUCCAAGAAGCUGGGGCAAGGAGCGCAGCUGAAGAAGAUGCUGAGGAGGUGCUCAUCGGGCCUGGGGAGAAGGGAGGAGGCCGGGCCGCCCGGGGACGCGCCCAAGGGGCACUUUGCGGUGUACGUCGGCGCUGGCCGGAGCCGGUACAUCGUGCCGGUGGCGUGCCUGGCCGCGCCCGAGUUCCAGGAGCUGCUCAGGAAGGCUGAGGAGGAGUUCGGGUUCGGGCACGACAUGGGCAUCACCCUGCCCUGCGAUGAGGCCACGUUCCACGCCGUCCUCGCCAUAGCGGCGAUCCGAUAG